AUGAGUGAGAGAGAAAAUAAUAUCGAGGACGGGAAGCCGCUAUAUAUCGAGAACCCUGCACUAGAAGCAGCUGCUGCAUUCACCGGCGGGAUGGAUGGCGCGUCGUACUGUAACCGGCGUUUUGCUGAGGGCCUUAGCCACUCUUCUGAGUCAGCAGAGUCAUUGAAAGAUUUCCGUCCUGGUGAGGUAGCCUCAUCAAAGUCGUCCAAAGUGGAGGGAGGUUCUAACAAGAAAGAGAAUGGUGGUGGCGAUGGUGCUCCCCUGGAAAGAAUAAAAACUGGUCUCUUUUCUCCGAGGUUACGAAAACAGAGAGAAAAGAUACUGUUGAAAUUCGGUGUCAACAACUUUCUCAUUGCAUGUCUCUGCAUCUCUCUCAUAUCGAUUUACUGGGGGGCCAGUUACGGAACAAACCGUUACUUCUUUAAAGUGAAAAAUAUUGUUGUGCUACAAGAUGUUUCAUCUAACAGUACUGUGCAGUCGAUGUCUGCCAUCAUACCGACGUUGUUAGCAUCUGUUCCUGGCACAUGGCGCAUAUAUAAUACAACGUCGUUUAACGAGAAAUUCGGAUCGACGAAUUCCGAUGAGAUUGAUGCGAAAGUGGUGGAUUUGAUUUAUGAAGAGAAAUAUUGGUUAGCACUAAACGUUAAACCAAAUGCCACAGACACCCUGUACAAUUCUUUAAUUACUCAAGAUGUGAACUCGCUAUUCAAUUCUUCAGAUUUUUUUCAAUCCGUGUAUGAAAGUGGUCGUGACCCAUUAAGUGUAAGAGCAACUAUUCUACCCUUGAUGCAGAAAUUGGAAGCCUUGUUUCAGCAAUACUACACGAAGGAGUAUCUUCCCUCAUUGAUGAGCAACGUCACUACUACUUACAACGACGCCAGUAUAAACACUCAGAACUGGGCAAGUGCAGGUCAACUAUUAUUUGAUUACAACGACCAUCGCCCCUUCACUGACCGUAUCCUAAUGGCCCCUUUACAAGUUGGGUUGAUCUAUUGUAUUCUGUUAACUGUUCUACAGUUAUCCCUUUACGGGAAACUGCACGGAGAAAUGGCAAAAGUGCUUAAACCAAAGCACAUUCUAAUCUAUAGAAUUUUAGUUUCGUGGUCGACCUAUUUUCUUCUUUCCAUUGGAUUCUGUACUGUGUCAGCCAUCUUUAGGAUCGAUUUUACCCCUGCAUUUGGUAGAGGAGGAUUUGUCGUAUACUGGAUGUCUACAUGGCUGGUCAUGAUGGCUGUCGGUGGUGCCAAUGAAAACGUACUGAGCUUAGUUAUAGCUUACUGUCCUCAGUUUUUAAGUUUUUGGUUGAUGACGUGGAUUAUCCUAAAUAUCUCUGCUUCAUUCUACCCUAUGGCAUUGAAUAACGAUUUCUAUAGGUAUGGUUACAUCAUGCCAAUUCACAAUGCGGUGGAUAUCUACAAAGUAAUUUUUUUAAACUUAACCAGAAGGAAAAUGGGGAGAAACUACGGUAUUCUUGUCGCAUGGGUUGCUCUUAAUACGUGUUUGUUACCGUUUAGUAUGAAGUUUUCAGGCCAAAAAAUGCAAAAAAACGCUAUGCAAGCCGCAGAAGCCGCUGUCGCUGCCCAUAGUGCCAAAAAAAACCAUACAGACGCCAAAAAUGAUAAUCCUUCUCAAGAUUGA